AGGGUUCACUGCAGAGACCAUCAUCAAAGCUUGUUAUCUCAACUCCCAUAUUCUGCCUUCAUCUGCGGCGGCCCUAUUUGGGCAACAAAACCAAGCCAUGUCAAGUUUAUAUGGUCAAAACUUGAACUUCUCACCUGCUAGAGCCCCUUCUCCACAUAUAUGGACCAACCCAGAUAUUGAAAGCUCAUACCUUGCAGAGCUACUGGAAGAAAAGAAGAAGUUGGCUCCCUUUGUGCAAGUUCUUCCUAUUUGCAGUAGAUUGUUGAAUCAAGAGAUCUUGAGGGCUUCAGGGAUGAUACCCAAUCAAGGGUUUAAUGACUAUGACAGACUGCAACGUGGUAGCCCAAGUCCUCUGAAUCCUAUAGAUAUUAUGCCUGAAGUUGCCGCUAAAGGUUUAGGUCGUUGGAAUGGAAAUGCUGGUUGGAGUCCUCUUCAGCAUGAGUCACAGCGAUUUGGUGGGCCACAAGGACUGCCGAUUGAUCAUUGGAAUGCGGCACCGGCGAGCCCAAGUUCUUUCAAUACAAAAAGAGUGUUGCGCUUGGAUAUACCUGUUGACAGCUUUCCUAAUUUCAACUUUGUCGGACGGCUUCUAGGUCCUCGAGGCAAUUCCUUAAAGCGAGUCGAAGCUUCUACCGGAUGCCGUGUCUUCAUUAGAGGAAGGGGUUCUAUAAAAGACCCUGACAAGGAGGAGAGUCUGAGGGGAAGACCAGGCUACGAGCACCUUAACGAGCCACUACACAUCUUAAUCGAAGCAGAAAUGUCCGCAAGUAUCAUCGAUGUACGUUUGAGACAAGCACAAGAAAUCAUCGAAGAGCUGCUCAAACCCGUGGAUGAGUCUCAAGAUCUGUAUAAGAGACAACAGCUGAGAGAGCUGGCUAUGUUAAACAACAACUUCAGAGAACACAGUCCGCAACCGAGAGGCAGCGUGUCGCCUUUUGGUUCGAGUGGAAUGAAGCGAGCCAAGACCGGUUGGUGAGGAAUGCACAAUGUGUACAACUCCUUGAUGCAUGGUUCACCAUCCGUGGUGGACUUUUUAACUGAAAAAUGAAACAAGGGUCACAGAACAGUUUGAUGUAGGUUUUUUCAUUUAUUUAUUUUCUUUUUAUAUUUUAAAUAAUAAUUUGUGUUUUUUUGUUGGUUUGUAGGUCUUGGGACAUUAUUAGUUGCUUGGUUUCCUUUUUGUUGUCAAAUUAAGUAGAAACAGUUAUUGGAUUUAUUUGUUAUCAACCUUUCUUUGUGUUAUUAGUAUUUUAUAUAGUGCAACUAAUGGCACCAAGUUGCUUC